UUGACAUGGCGGAGUAAUCAGCUGUUAAUUGCAAUGCCAACGAAUUAUUGUACAUUGUUUCGAUUAUCGUCAUUAGUUCAAUGAUUUCCUCAUGUUUUCUUUAAUUUCACAUCAAUUGGUUUGUUCAUUCAUUAGAUAGUUGCCGAUAAUAAGUUUAAAAUUUUAUGAGAAGAGGAAUGGCGCGAUGUUCUUGUCAUCUGUCAGCUUCAUUCAUCCAUUGUGCAGAAAAAAUGUGACUUGUGCGCUUUGUAAUGCUGUUUUUAUGUAAUAAUUAUUAUACGGACGUUUAAUGUAACUCUUAUAUUAUUUCUGAAUUAUUUACUGAGUAGUCUAUUACAGUAUCGCAUAAUAAUAACUUUCGUACUUACUUUUUGAUCAUUGUUUAUCGGUACCUAAAAAUCUACAAAGAAUCUGUGCGGCGUCGGUAAGCAACCUUGGUUAUUUACUGUGCAGUGUGUCGAAUGUGAGUGUUGGUGGUGCAUCGGCGCUUUGUUACAUCUUGGUGAUCCGGAGAAUUGAAAAUGUCGGGUCGCGUCCGUAAACAGUCGGACUGUCCCGUGGGGAAACAAGGGCCGAUGAGGGCCACCUUACCGGUUUCGUCGGUGAUGAAACAGAGCGGUGGUCUGAAGAAGAACGCCGGCAACAGUCCGACGCUGUCCCCUACGAACGUGUGGCGGCGGAUAUCUCCGGAUCACGCCCUCUCGGGCCAAAGGAGCCCCGGCGCCGUCAAUUACAAAGGAAAAGGCAGAUUUGGUGCCAGUGUGAUCAGACGCACAGCCUCCCUGGACACCUUGUACCACAAAGGACAAUGGUCUAGGGACUACUACUUGCAUGCUGGCCAUCUACAAGUGGACAAAUCUACUCAGACUGACGAAGGCGGUGGAGCUUCAGGUCGAUCUUCUAGAGGCUCUGAAGAUGACAAACUAGACCGCUUCUUACGGAGUCGUCUGCAGAGGCCACACAAACCUACUGCUUCUGGAGAUUACUCUUCACAUGCUAUGAGCCCCGGUUUCUGGUCCCGCUUUGGCAGCGGGAGCGUGCCGUUACGGGCGGCGCGGUCAUCGGUCGAGGGCCUCAACCAAGAGAUCGAGAAACUUGUGCUCUACCCUGCGUGUGGCACUCAAACACCACACCUUGACCGGUUGAGAGACAAGGUGACUCCUGAAGGCCACCGCGCUCCCCUGGCCGAACUAUUCCGGCGCUCCGUCAACACACAAACACCACACGAUCUCUGUCAUACGGCACAUUCAUCAGGCGGUAGUGUCUGCUCAUCACCAGAUCUGGACGGAUCUAAACUCGGAACAUCGCCCCAAAUAAAUCGCUUCCUUGCUCGAGAACCACCUGAUGGUUGUGAAAAGGUAAACCUAAAAGCAGGCGACGGCGCGUACGCAGAACCGGUGUCCGUGCUAAAACCGGCGGUGGCCGCUUUCACGCUGCGGCCGUCGCUCGGCUCCGCCUUCCAGCCGCUGCAGCCGUCGCCGUCGUCCCCGCCCGCGCCCCGCGCCCCUCACUGACCGGCCCAGUAAGCUAGACCAGUUCAAUGACAUGACAUGCCACUUCUCUUUUGACUUUUCAGUAUUCACGAUCUGCCUGUUGUUCAACGGACAGUGUUGCGAUUGCUUUCGAUUUUUUUUUAUUUUUUAUUCUUGAACUGGCCAGAGACAAUAGAAGAUGAAGAAGAGUAUUUCUUUUAUACGAUCAGUAAUAAUUUUAUUGUAAUGAAAUGAGAAAUUUUAAAAUCUUAAUCGGUAACGGAGCAGAAUUUGAUCUACUAACAAUUUUACACAGAAACUUCGCAAUAAGUUGUUCUCUUAAAUCUUUAAUUAUUACCAUAUCUAGCUCAAUAUCUAAAUCAAAAUUUAAGAUUUCGCUUCAGUUUUAGACCAAAAUUUGUUCCAAGACAAGUUUACCAUCAAAACAAAAAAAAAACAUGAAUACAUCACCACAAUAUCUAUGUGAAAACUCUUAUUUUAAUUAGCAUGUGAAAGCCAUUGCAAUAGAUAUUACGUUUGAACAAUAGGGCACAGAUCGGAUUUUUAUCGUUAUCUGACUGAUUGUACAUUGCUGAUGUUCAAAGUGAAUAUUACGUUAAAGUAUUAUGAAAUAGGAAACACAGCACUUAUUUUCGGAAAGUUUCUUAUUUGGCUUAAAUGCUGUGAUUAUUUAAUUCAAUAAAAUUUUAAUAAGAUUUCACUGAACUAAGAUAAAUUGCCGUUGGCGGUCUCUAAUUGAAUUAUUUGAAUAGCAUAUAAUGUUACUAAUGAUAAAUAUUCGUUGUAAACGAGUUCAUGUUGGUAGUUAACUCUCAUCUUAACUGAGUGAAAUGUUUGACUAGAGAUCUUGCCCUAAAUUAGGAAUACUUUCCUAACGUCUACAUAUAAAUAGUAACAUUGCAUUGUACUUCUCUUAUUAACCAUUUUAAUAUUUAAAGAACAUUUGACUCGUAUGUUUUUAUUUUCAGUACUAAAAGUACCAUAUUGUUUUUAAUUUGUCUUUCUUUCUAAUAACUUGUGUUAAUAAUUUUUAACUUUAACUAUUUUCAGUGUCGCUAUAUUUUGCUUUAUUUUUUGUAUUGACUUACAAAAUUUGUCGUUUCAUAUCUACCUAAUUAACAUUUUUAUAGUUGUAGAUUUGUGAAAUAACACAGUGAAUAACUUAGUUUUACUUUUCUGCAAAAUGAUACGCCUAUCAACGAAAUGUAUGCUUCAUGUCAUAUUAAUAAUCUGGUCAUUCUUCAUACUCUGACAAUAAUGAAUUAUUUUUCGUACUUGAUAUGACCUUUACUGGGUAUCGGAUGUAUGUCAAUUUCCAAUAUAGUGUGAGUGAGAAUAUAAAAAUAUCAAUUUGUAUUAAAACAUCUUGUACAAGCAAUUUUUUUGCUAUAUUACUCAAUAUCAUGGCUCAUGGAUCAACCAAAGCAAUUUUAAACAGCACUUUAAAUUUAAACUAAACCAAACAAAUUGAGAAAGUAUUCUGAAGAGAUAUGAGUAUGUAAGGUUUUGCACUGAGUAUAUUAUAAUGGGUACAAUAGUUAUGUAAAAGUUUAUUUUUCUAUUUUUUUAUUUAAGUUACUUAUAUCAUUCAUACCUCCAUCUCAUAUGACUGGAAUAUAUAUUUGAUCUCAUUUUUAUGUAUUAAUUAAAAUUGUGUACAUAACACUAUAAAAUACAGCAAACAUAAAACUUGAAUAGUGUAUAAUGAUUUUAGUGACUCAAUGUAAGUUUUUUUUAUUACAAAAAUGGAAAACUAAAUACCUCGGACCAAAUAUCGUAAAGGGCCAGAGUAUAAAAAUUGUGGUCGUUGGUAAUAAAUUGCUAAACCGAUUUUCUAACAAAGAGCUUUAAAUUUGUCGGAUUUGAUAAAGAAUAUGUACGAAAAUAGACUGAAAUUUUAAACUUUACUCAUACUUUGAUACAGGUAACUUGACAAUUUCGUAGUGGGUAGUAUCUAAGUGCCUGGUAAAUAUUAAAAUUUGAUUUGUCCCGAUUUCUUUACAGGAUAGAAAAUCUUGAAAGUAUUUUUUCUUGAGUUGAACUUUUAAACUGUCACAGUGCCUGUAUCAGGUAUCAUGGGUACUGCGCGGUACUGUGUAUUUAUGAAAUACAUAUGCCAAGGAAUGGAUGGACCAUGCCAGUUCGAUCUCUCAUUUUGGCCAAAAUGCAUUUUGAACAUCGAGACUGAUAAUGUAGUAUGUUGACAACUUUCAUAAACAUAGUUAGAACUGCUUUUGGACGUAUUCAAUUAUUUUUUAACAUUUUGUAAAUUACGACGGCAAAUAUAUAUUUUGGAUGGCUCGCCUUUGGAUUAUAGAGUAUUUUGAAUCUUGUCAUUGCUCAAAUCAAAAUUUAUAUCAUGAGCCACUUAUGAUACAUGCCGAAUUUGAAAUGUAAACAUUGUGAUUGUAAUAUUUCCAGUUGCUUAUGUAUAUUAGUAUCUAUUGAUUAUUCAGUAAAUGAAUGUGAUAUGUAAGUGAAAGCGUUUGAAGUUGAAUGUUGAAUGUGACUUGACAACUUUAGGUACUGAUGCUGUGAGUGCUCAAAGAGUCACGCGUUCGUUGGUGGUGCGUGGUCGAUCAUACUUUUUCUAUACAAGCAAACUGAUUUUCAGGAAAUUGUACCUCAAUAUUCCAAACUCAGUAUGUAAGGAAUGUUAUUGAGGCGUAUAUUACCUGAAAUAUCGAGUGAUUGCCACGUAUAGCAGUAGGGAUGCUCAGUUCGCCCGGCACGAAGUACCUUAACAGUAUCCUGGAGUUGUGAAGUAUUAUCGACGGUGCUGAGUAGCAAUUUAGGUCUGUACAGUAAACGACUUGUGACAAAAGAUCAGGGUGUUCGCGCUACAGUGAAUUUUUGUGGCAAAACAAAGGCGAUGAAAGGAAUGUUCUGAAAUAACAGAAAUUUGGCCAGCGAAUCUUGAACCCAACCAUAAACACUUAUUUUACGAUGUAUAAAUAAUUUCUCAAAUAACAACAUGCGCAUGUUAUAAAUAUUAAUUAAUUUAUUGUACUGUGCAACAUAUUAACAUGGAAGUAAAACCGAGCCAGUAUUUAAAACCCGAAUGUCUGUAGAUUGUUUCUGGACUAAGUGCAAUAUCUAGUUGUAAUGUAAAAAAUAUACUAGCAGCAAGCAGACCUAUGUAAAUCCCAACUCUGUUGCAUAAAAAUGUUGUGUAAUUAUAUGUAUAAAGUUGUGUAAUUUCAUGUGCGUUUUGAUUUGCAUCUUUACACAUGUUGGAUCGACGUAACGUUUGUGACAAGUUCGCUUAGUGGUUAUAUUUGGCUUGCUUCCCGUCUGCUUCCAUGCGUAGACCCCACACUCAGAAUACAAACGACAUUAUGCUUUACUAACGAUAUACAAUACUUUAGACUUAUGUCACAGGUCCAGGUUGUAAUUUAGGGUUUAUGUAAGCUUCUCCCAAUAAAACGUUACCUAAUUUAAGAUCUAGUAUUUUUAGUAAAGUGACCGAAAAAUUAGCUAUUAAUGAAUGUGUGCUAUAAAAUGGUCCGUGUUAAUUUAAAGUACUACACAGUGAUUUCUAAAUAAAGAUGUUUUAAUUUAUACCAUCCAAAUGUUUCGAAUCAGAGUUGAGAUACAUAACACCUUAUCACAUCUUUAUAUGGGAAUUGUAAAUGUUUUAAAAGUACAUAAAGAUAUUUUUAUAUGUUCAGGGUAGGAAACACGCGAGGUGUACCAUAAAGUAAUGUGGCUAGGACCUUAGAUUUGAUAGUUCUUUUAUAGACAGUUAAUAUUAUUUUAAAGUUUGCUUUUAGAUGAAUAAUAAGUUUGUAAUUUUUAUUACUAUGAUAUUAGAUUAAAUACUAACAUUUAAACUAAACCAAAAGUGCCCAUUGAGAUAAGUUUAUAAUUCAAGCAAGUCUUUUGUUCAGCAUUUUGUUAAUGAAUAAUGUUUAGGCAACAAAAUUAGAGAAUAAGAAAAUUAUCGAAGGAUUGUUGAGUUUAAGUUAUCUAAAAAUUGUUGAGGUUUAUUGAUAAAAAAAUUCAUUUAGUUUUUUUACAUGCAGUGCUCAACAAAAGGCUUGUUUAGUUAGAGGCAUUAAUUAACAUCAUUAUAAUAGUAUCUACUUUAAGUAACGAUAAGAAUGGUUUUAUUAUAGUUUUGUUUCAGAGAAGAAAUUCUAAUUACUAUUUUUGUUUCCAAUAUUUUAUCACUUAUCUGUUUUCACUGUAAUGUAUCUUGCUGUAUUGCAGACAUAUCCAAUAUACAGACUGAUUUAAA